UGUUAAUGAGGGGAGAAGCCGGCCGCUCCGAGCCUCCGUCUGUUCACCUGGAAAUCGGGGGUGUUUCUUAGAUUGGCCGGUUGCUGCUCUCAAGCUUCUGAACUAUUACGCCUCCUCUUCAUCCUGCUUUUCUCUCAUUUUUUUUUUUUCUCUACACGUUUUCUACCAAUAACCCAGACUUACUAGAACUGGCGAUCCUCCUGCCCCUAACUCCCAAGUGACGAGGUUGGUGCCACCAUGCCCAGCUCCUGUCACUUGCUUUAGGGAAGUAAAGACUUCCAAGAAGGCACAAGACAGACAGGUGUGGAGUACAGCGCAAGGGACCAAGAACGAGUCUGAACUCUGACUGGCAUACUGUGAUCUUCACAAGAAAUGAUGCCGCCUCUCUGGACCUCAGCUUUUGUUUUUUCUCUGCGAAGUUCUGGAAGGUGGCCGAACUCAUAGUGCUGGGAUUAAAGAAGGACGACACCACGCCCAGCUGAAAUUUGUGUGUGGGGGGAGGGUUGGGUUUUUUUUUUUUUUAAACCGGCUUCCUACAACCAAGCCCAGAAGCGCUCACUUCCCGAACUCCAAGCAACUCAACCAACACCGAGACGCGCCCUCUAGCGACUCGUCCAGCCAGGCCGUCGCUUCCCACAGGCACCGCCCUUCCCUGGGUCUCUAGACCAGAUCGAGGAACGCCCCAAUAUACAUCCUCAGGGCGUUCUGGGAACUGUGGACCCAGAGCGGCAGGCAGGCUGGUGCCACGCUCCGGGGAACUACAAUCCCCAGAAGGCCCUGCGCACCCGAGGGCAUGGACACGCCCGCUCUCCCCGAGAGCAUGCGUACUGAGGCCCCGGAUGGUGGGGGAAGGGAACCGGGACAGGCAGCAGCCCAGCGCCCGGCAAGCCCCGCCCUUGGCUGCCUUCGGGGCGGUGAAUCUGAGCUCCACGCCCCGAGCGCCCCUCCCCCACCCGACUUCAGCCCGAAACCGGCUUUCUCCGGGUCCCAAUCACCCCAGGAAGUUCUGGAUCCCUCCCUGCACUGUCCUCGGGGUGCCGAGACGCACAUCCCACCCCGUCGCCCAAAGCCGACAAGUAACUCUGGCUACACAGUCCCGCUGGGGAGGCCGGGUAUCUCGGUUCUGAGCCCCGUCCCCACUCUCCCCCAGUCGGCUCGACGUUCCAGCGACUCUCGCUUUCCUUUCCAAACUCCCAGCCGGCGCCGAGACUCGACUCUCCCCGGCGCCCCCUCCUCACCACGGCGCACCCCAGACUCGGCGCCUCUGGGACCCGGGUCCCUCCGACGCCGCGGGACCCCGAACGCCGCCCGCCCACUCGGGGAGACCCGAGCUGUCCCACCCUCCAGGUCCGCGCCCCAGGAGCUCUCCCUCGGUCCCCUGCGCCCCUCCGAACCCCCGGCUCCUCCUCGACAGUCCCGCUCCCCGCCGAUGCUGGAGGCCAGUCCGCAGCCCCCGGCGCCCACCGGUCGCGCCGAGCUGCGCCCUCCACUCGGGCGCGUCCCCGCUUCCGCCCCCCGCGGGGCGCGCCCCCUCCGCCUCAGGGACGGCCGCCGCUCACCUCGGCCGCCACGGCCAGCCCGCAGCGGAGCGUCUCGGCCGCGCGGGCAGGAGUCCGGCUCACUUUCCCCGGCGCUCGGGGUCCGGCCGGGGCCGCCGCGCUCCGCCCCGGAGGCCAGCCGCGAGCCACGAUUGGUCGGAACCCCGGCCGCCGCGGGGCGCCCCGGGCGAGGCGGAGCUACGGACGCCAGGCCCCGUCCACCGCCGGGGCGAGGCGGGGGGCGGCGCUGCCUUGGACUCCGCCGUGUCCUCCGUCUCUCUGCCGUCCCCUCACUCCAGGCCCGGACCCCACCGCGGAGCGACGCCGGGCGACACCGUCCUCCCCUGCCCGGCGGUUUCGCAGUCCGGCAGCGGUGGAGGCCACGCCCCCCCGGAGUUCCGAAAGCUCGGGCUAGGCGGAGGGGGGGAGGGGUGACGCACUAAACCACCGGCCAAUAGUCUGCCGCGGCUUGCGUUGCCUGCGCGACCGCAGCCCCGCCCCUCGGCUGGAGGGCGGCCUCCCCACCCCCAGCCCGAUGGGUGGGCGGGGGAGCCGGUGCUUGAUCUUGGGGGUCCCAGGAACUCUGUCCCUUCUCAGAUUUGGCUGCCUGUUGCCGCUCGCUUUUAGCUCCUCGAAGCUCUGGGGACAAACUCAAACAUUUCUUUGGUUUUGGGGAUGAACAUCCGAGCUUUCUGGGCAAGCACCGCAGGACUGAGCUAUACACCCCAAGGUUUUUAAAUUUGCACUUAUUUAUUUUGCGACACGGUCUCCUAGUGAAGGGUUGGCUUGCUCUCCACUGUCUGGGCUCCGGCACCCUCCUUCCUGUUCUCUAGAGUUCACUUUCGGGUUUCGUUUUGUUGGGCCGUUUUCAGACCCUCUCUUUCCGAAGCCAGGCCGGACUCCCGUGUAGAGGAUGCCUGCCUUGAAAUUCUAAUCCUCCCGCUUCAUCCCCUCAAUCCUGGAAUUGCAGGUGUGUCCCUCUGAGCCCAGAACAUUCCCCUCUGCUUUGUUUUUGUGGGUGAGCACGGGCCUAGCUGGUGCUAGCCGAAGUUUCACUGAGUUACACCCGCAGCUGUUUUUUUGUUGGUUUUCUGAAAGAGGUUUAAGCUGUCCCGGAAUUCUGUCUCCUUCUGCUUCAGUCUCCUCGUGCUAGGAUUUAGGCACCACCUUGUUUAGCUUGCUUUCAGUUUUUCUAAAAUGGCUCCAAUACCUUCUAAGAAGUAAACACGGGACUUGUUUUUCCUUACCUUAUCUCAAGGGUCCAAAACUAGGCAAGUCCACAGUAAACGCUCAGCAGUGAGACAGCCAGACUUGGACUCUGCUGGAUUUUGGUUGUUGUUGCUCCCCUCUUUUCUCCCCCCCCUCCCCCGCAGGGUUUCUCUGUGUAGCCCUGGCUGUCCUGGAACUCCCUCUGUAGACCAGGCUGGCUUCAAAGUCAUAGAGAUCCACCUGCCUCUGCCCCUAAGUGCUGGGAUUAAAGGCAUAAGUCGCCACUA